CCAGGGAGGCCGGCGGUUGGCUAAGGAGCCUCCGUGGCUAUGAGUUUGAGCUGUGCGUGUGAGAGGACAAGUCCUUAGAGUGUGUGUCUUCCUGGGGUCCCUAGGCAGAGGGUCAGCAGGGACCUGGUGUGGAGGUUGUCUGGAGCUCCAGUGUGAGCUGUGGGGCCCCCCUGAGCGUAGAGCCCAGGCCAGGGGCCAAAUGGGAACCGGCUGCUUAGCGCUCCAGGCGGGAACGUCCCUCUGUGGAGGCCCCAGGAGGCCCCCUGUGACUCCGGGGCGCGAGGGUGGCUGGCCCAGGUCACAACCACGCGGGUCUGGCGAGGCCAACCAGGGCAGAGGCUGUGCCCUCGGCCCCGGAUCGCAGUGACCUCGGCAGCCCCUGAAGCCCGGAAGCGGGUGCACCAUUGGACCCCCGCGAAGCACUGUCCCGACGCGGCGCGCGCUGUCGCGAUCCGGCGGCGGUGACGUGGCGGGGCGGGGCCUGAGUGGCCGCGGCGGCCGUGGCGGCGGCGCGACCGAGCAUCCCGGCGGCGCCUGGCCACCGGAGAGAUUACAUGGCCAAGACAGGCAAGUGGAAUUAGGCCUUGCCACCAAGACUUCGUCGUCUUAGUACCUGACCGAUUUUUGAUGAGGUGGCUUUUGACAGUGUGAUGUUCGCUUAUUUCUUGACAGAGGGUCUGCAGAUCUACUCUGUGGGGACAGGAUAGACAACACCAACACCUCUCACUCAGGUAUAGACUGCUUUUUGGCCACAGAAAACACAGGUGUGCAGGAAGCAUUUGCCAUGGAAGCCAGGGAGCUUGGGAGUUCCACACCCACCUACCAUCUCAUUCCUGAGGCCGGCCCACCUAGGAUGGAAGAAGAUGUGGGCUCAUCACCUCAAAAGUCCCGAGAAACUAUGCAACUAAAGAAGGAGAUCUCCCUGCUAAAUGGGGUUAGCCUGGUGGUGGGCAACAUGAUCGGCUCAGGGAUCUUUGUCUCACCCAAGGGUGUGCUGGUAUACACUGCCUCCUAUGGGUUGUCACUGGUUGUGUGGACCAUCGGUGGGCUCUUCUCUGUUGUGGGUGCCCUUUGCUAUGCAGAGCUGGGGACUACCAUCACCAAGUCUGGAGCCAGUUAUGCUUAUAUUCUAGAGGCCUUUGGGGGCUUCAUUGCCUUCAUCCGUCUUUGGGCCUCACUGCUAAUUGUUGAGCCUACCAGUCAGGCCAUCAUUGCCAUCACCUUUGCCAACUACAUUAUCCAGCCCUCCUUCCCCACCUGCGAUCCACCCUACCUGGCCUGCCGUCUCCUCGCUGCUGCCUGUAUAUGUCUGCUGACAUUUGUGAACUGUGCCUAUGUCAAGUGGGGCACACGUGUGCAGGACACGUUCACUUACGCCAAGGUUCUGGCGCUCAUUGCCAUCAUUGUCAUGGGCCUUGUUAAACUGUGCCAGGGACACUCUGAGCACUUUCAGAACGCCUUUGAGGGUUCCUCCUGGAAUGUGGGAAACCUCUCUCUUUCCCUCUACUCUGCCCUCUUCUCUUACUCAGGUUGGGACACCCUUAAUUUUGUAACAGAAGAAAUCAAAAACCCAGAAAGAAAUUUGCCUUUGGCCAUUGGGAUUUCUAUGCCAGUUGUGACACUCAUCUACAUCCUGACCAAUGUGGCCUAUUACACAGUGCUGAGCAUUUCAGAUGUCCUUAACAGUGAUGCUGUGGCUGUGACAUUUGCUGACCAGACAUUUGGCAUGUUCAGCUGGACCAUUCCCAUUGCCGUUGCCCUGUCCUGCUUUGGGGGCCUCAAUGCAUCUAUCUUUGCUUCAUCAAGGUUAUUCUUUGUAGGUUCCCGUGAGGGCCACCUCCCGGACCUUUUAUCCAUGAUACAUAUAGAGCGUUUUACACCCAUCCCUGCUUUACUGUUCAAUUGCACCAUGACACUCAUCUACCUCAUCGUGGAAGAUGUUUUCCUGCUCAUCAACUACUUCAGCUUCAGCUACUGGUUCUUUGUGGGCCUAUCUGUUGCUGGACAGCUCUACCUUCGCUGGAAGGAGCCCGAGUGGCCCCGGCCUCUCAAGUUGAGCCUGUUUUUUCCCAUCGUGUUCUGCAUAUGCUCCGUGUUUCUGGUGAUUGUGCCCCUCUUCAGUGACACCAUUAAUUCCCUCAUUGGCAUCGGGAUUGCCCUCUCCGGGAUCCCUGUCUACUUCGUGGGUGUUUACCUGCCAGAGUCCCGGAGGCCACUCUUUAUUCGGAAUGUCUUGGCUGCUAUCACCAGAGUCACCCAGCAUGUUUGCUUUUGUGUCCUGACUGAGCUUGAUGUAGCUGAAGAGAGAAAGGUUGAGAGGAAAACUGACUAGCGGCCAGAGGUGACUUCCCCUGAAGCCCAGAAGGCUGUCCACAGGUGGUUGUGACCACCAAAGUACUGCUAACAAGACCCUGUGGGCCCAACUCUCCUAAAUUAAAGGAGCCAGUUGACCCACAUUAUAUAAGGGGGCUCAGGGGAGUGCUCACUCUCACUGGUAAGCUACAAGAAGAGACUUAGGGUCUGGGGCCAGCCUCAAGGUGGGGAUAUCAGAAGAUGGGAGGAAGGUUGGGGAGCAGGGGAAUUUAGUUUUACUCCUGGUGGGUAGGUGUAGCUCUUAUACUUACUUGGUAAGUUUUAGUGGGGGAAGGAGUGCUAGGUUGAUAGCCAUGGGUGGUGGCUUCUGAAUUUGAUAUUUGAGGUUUGAAUCAAGAGUCUCUACAGCAGUGUUGCUAUAUGGAAAGUUUUCCUCUGACCAGGUCUAAGCAUCUGACUUUAGAGGCCUAAAAUGCUACCAUUUCUUCUUCUGGCUCAAAGUCUUUUCUUGGGAAGAGAGUUAUAUUCUCUUAUUUAUUGAUGUUAUUUAAUACAGAACACCAAUUGUAACAAAAUGUUAGUGUUCAUUCAUCUACAGGAUGCAAUAGGCUGAUUGCAUUUAAAAAUCCAAAGUACCCAAAACUGAGCCCUUCCACCCUACAUGGUGGUAGGUCAGACUUAUCAUAGAAGUUAUGUCAGUUUAGCACAAUCUUGUUUUGAGUCUUAUCCACAGUGGUGAAAUGUAAAGAUUUUUCUUUCACUCAUGUACCUGUUAUAUGUUCGCAUAUGGAUGGAUCACAUGUUAUAAGCCCUUGGCUCAAGUCCAGCAAGGACAAAUGAACAAAUUUAUAGUUAGAAGUCUGGUGAAACUGCCAUUGUAAAGGAUAAUCCUUUGAGAACUUGGGUUUUUAUUUUAGUUGACAGAAAGUAAAUCUCUGGGUUUCUGGUAUGAACUUUAAGAGGUCCGAAACUGUUCUGGAAUUCAGGUGGAUUGCCUGAAUUUUUUCAGCCGUCAAUGACUUGGAGAACAUUUCAUGGGCCCAAAUCAUCAAAUAACUUGUUCCUCUCUGUAAGGGCCAGUGUGAGGGACUGCUGUGCAGACCCAAGCAAGCCUACCCUGGUGCUAUAAGAGGUCAUUUUCUUUUCCUAAAACCUCACAUCAGGCUGCAUCCUCCUCCUCUGUCCCUGGCACAAGGCUUUGUUUACAUUUGGAGCUGCCUUGGUGUGGGUCAUCAGGAUAACGUACUCUUCUCCUGCCAGUUUCCCUGUGCUCCUGAAGUCUGGUGGGCUGCUGUCUCAGGAAAAACUUGGUAUUUGUGGGGACUUUUUCUCCCUAUAGAGAUCAGUGAAGACUGGGAGAAAAGCUGCUUCAACCUCAAGGAGCUCCUCAGCAGACUUCAUUUCUGGUGCUCAGGCUGGGCUUUAGCACCCAGGUCAGGCCAGAGCAGAUCUGGCCUAAUGGAUCUUCCUACGUGGGCAGGAUGGCUGCUAGAUUGUACAACUAUUUUGUGAUGUCCCCACUGUCAUCCUGGGCCCAGAAGAACCUGCUGACUUGGCACACCUCAUGCGCUUCUAACCCCUACAUUUUGGAACUGGUUAAUGGUAAAGACAAGGUGGACUUCCUUUUUGACUAUUCUUCCCACCAAACUUGCCCCAGUCACAGACAAAGGAGUAACCAUGGUCAUAUACCUGCUCGAUAAAGAAGACUUAAGGGAGCAUGAUCACUGUUGCCUUAGAUUCAGUCAUGCAUCUGUGCUAUGAGAACGUGGGAGGGCAUUCCUGUUGUCAUGGGUUGGGGAUUUGUAUCGCAAAUUCCUGCAUACGACAGGGAGUCUUGUGCAAGAUUGACUUGCCUAGGAGUAGGGAAUCUCUAUAAAAACAUGAUUCCUGGGGUGGCGCCUGUGGCUCAAAGGAGUAGGGCGGCGGCCCCAUAUACUGGUGACGGGUUCAAACCCGGCCCCAGGCCAAAACUACAAAACAAACUAAAAAACCCAUGAUUCCUCCUUGAGCCAAGGUGGCACUCGUGCCAGGGCUCCUCUGGAGCUAAUCCUUUAAAGCAAAGCGUGCUUGUCUUCAUGAUCUCUGACCAUAACUUUAGCUUUCUCCACUUAAUCACCUGCAAAUCCCAGGAAUUUGCUGCCCCCCAGUGGCUCCCAAGGGACAAAAGGGCCUCACACUGCAGGUACCCUAGUACUUGCUUAGUGAGCUGUGUCAUUUCCCCCUCAUUUUUGAAGGGUAAAAGCAUUCUUCCCCUCUGUGCUGGAUCUAGACUUCUCCCAGGAACCUUUCAGUGGAGUGAAGCCAGAGACUCCCUAGUGCACUUAGGUUUCAUGGUGGAAUUAAUUUCUGCCAGUUCUUUGUUGUUUGUCUCCUUAAAUCCUCCUCCUGGUGUGCUAAUCCCUCCUGCAAUGGGUACAGUCUGUGAAGUUGUCAGCCUUUUAAUGCUGGUGAAACUUUAAUGAGUACAUAAAAAGCAGUGAGCACAUUAUAAUGGCACUGAGUGGUUUCUAAUCAUUUCUAUGCCUACAGAAGGAAACUAAGAUGACUGGUAUUAGAUGUUUAAGUUGCUGCUUGUUCAUUAUAGCUCUGAAUCUGUACAUACUUGGGAUGGGAAAACUAACAGUCUAUUUGAUAGUUUAAUCAGCUUUAAUAGUAGGGCCUGAGCACACAGAACUUAAUCCCUUUUGUUGGUUUAACAAUUCCAUGUAGAUAGGAACUUCUACGGGUAGAGGCUUAACAAAAUGGACACAAAGUCAAAGAAUGAGUAGAGGUAGGAUGGAGAGAGAUGGCUUAUGAAAUCUUUUUCUUUUUUGAGACAGAGUCUCAUUUUGUCGCCCUCGGUAGUGCUGUGGCAUCACAGCUCACAGCAACCUCCAGCUCUUGGGCUUAAGCGAUUCUCUUGCCUCAGCCUCCCGAGUAGCUGGGAUUACAGGUGCCCGCCACAACACUCAGCUAUUUUUUUUGUUGUUGUUGUUGCAGUUUGGCCGGGGCUGCGUUUGAACCUGCCACCCUUGGUAUAUGGGGCUGGUGCCCUACUUACUGAGCCACACGCGCCUCCUGGCUUAUGGAAUUUUAAGAGGUGGGAAGAAUGCAUUGUCUUAUGUAAUUCACCUUCCCACAGGAUAGUGAGUCAGAGACAAACUGUUACAGGGCAAGAAGAUACCUCUUGAAUCGAAUCAGUGUGUUGUUUCCCUAGACCUGUGCUAUUUACUACAAUAGCUACUAGCCCCACGUAUCUAAGUUAAAAUGAAAACACAUUAAAGACUCAGUUCCUCAAAUUACAUUUGAAGUACUCAACAGCCACAUGUGGCUCGCAGCACUACUACAUGGUGCAGACACAGAAUAUAUAUAUUCAUCACCACAAAAAGUUCUGUUGGACAAUGUUAUGCUAGAAUACAUGCCAACCUAGUCAGAGCUAAGGUAGUUACGGUUUGGAGAGGACCAGGACAGAAUUAGGUCACAGGAGAUACAAGUUCUGGUAACAAAAUUGGUCCUCUUGACAGUCGUUUUUGAUGAGUGCUAUGAAUAACAGACAUUUCCCAGUGGAAAGCCAAGUCAGAACGUGCUUUCUUGUUCUUCACUUGCUUUGAGCUCUUAGUGUCUAUAAUCAAUUCUAAAACUUCUGUUACCACUCCUUUUUUGUGUGGGUAAGUACAGUGGGAAAAUAAUUAAAAUAUUCAGAUUUAAAAAUU